UGGUGGCGUGUGUCAGAGCAAACUACCGGCUGAUAUUCGUACACCUGUGACAUCGAUACUAUCCCGUUUUAAUACCACAGAAAGUCGGCUUGUUGUGUUUGUGAAUCGCCAGAAAGUAAAUCUGUGAUGGCAAAGCGAAUUGCUGAUAAGGAGUUGACCGACAGGAACUGGGAUCAGGAAGAUGAAGAAGAAGAGCUUUUUCUUACUCAGGCAGGAAUGUUUUCACCUGCAAGUGCGGUUGUGAUGAAAAGUCGGGCCAUUAAGAAAGCCAAGCGCCGAAAUCCAGGCACAGAGGCAGAGAGUGGAGGGGCUUUUAAAGCGUUUAAGGGGUUCUCCCUGACCUCAGCAACUCCAGCAACUCAAGGAGCAUUCUCGGGCUUUGGAAACGGGGCUGGAUUAAAACCGAACAAUGUUCUGACCAACGGCAGUGCUACAUCAGUCAUUCCAACAUUUGGAGGUUUUGGCUCUUCUGCCACCACCAAGGCGAACACUGGCACCUCAUCAUCCAAUGGUCUUGCCCCCUCCACAGACAGCAGCGGCGUCGUCAUGCCAAACGGCUCCACCCCCAGCCAGCCUGCAAGCUCUGGAAGCAGCAGCAGUAGUAAAGAAUACAACCGGCAGCUCACAGCUCUCAAUUACUCGGUGCGCGACUGGAUCACCAAGCAUGUGAACGAUAACCCGCUGUGCGACCUCAACCCCAUCUUCCGUGAUUAUGAGCGGCACCUGGCCACCAUCGAGAGCAAAUAUGGUAGCAGUGCAACAGCAGGGGAGCAGCAGCAGCCAGGGAAGCAGGCGAACAGCACUGCACCUACGCUGUCCCUUUCGUCUUCAUCCUUCGGCAGCAGCAGUAAUGCAACAUCGGCUGUUCCUGCUUUGUUCUCCUUUACCAAGAACAAGGACGAGGCUGUUCCAGAGAAAAGCUCCACUCCUGCAGGCGUUACCUUUAACUUCGGAAAGAAGGUGGACAGCUCCGUGUUUAGCUCUCUCGGGUCCACAGGUGUACAGGGAUUCUCGUUUUCUCCCUCCUCUACACCUCUGUUUGGGGGUGUAACCAGCACUGGCACUGCAGCAUCCACACUCUCUUUCACCCCAGCCAAGACUGAGACGGCCAGCAACAGCCAAGCAGCAGAUGAAAAUGGAGCAGAUGAAGAGUCGGAAGAGCCCCCAGUACCUGUGGUUAAAGAGAUCAAGGAAAAAGAUGCCUUUUACUCUAAAAAGUGCAAAUUGUUCUAUAAAAAAGAAAACGAGUUUAAGGAGAAGGGAGUUGGUACGUUGCAUUUGAAAAUUGUUUCAGAAGGCAAGUUGCAGCUUCUGGUGCGUGCGGACACCAAUCUAGGUAACAUCCUGCUAAACAUUAUGGUUCCUUCCACCAUGCCAUGCACACGGACAGGGAAAAACAAUGUCAUGGUGGUGUGUGUGCCCAAUCCUUCAGUUGAUGACAAGAACCCCAACACCCCUGUACCCAUGCUGAUCCGUGUUAAAACAGCAGAGGAUGCUGAUGAACUGCACAAAAUCCUGCAGGAGAAGAAAGCGUGAGCUCUUCUCCUUCAAUGAACCCUUCCAUCUUUUAGACCCCCUCUUCCCAUCAUGUAUGUGUUGUAUGUGGUUUGCACCGCAAAAUGUGACAACAUGCACACACCUUUUGCUUAGUCUGGUCUAGUGUAACAGUUGUAACAUGCAUGCCAGCACACACCCGUUGUAUGCAGUGACAGCUAAUCGGUUCACAUACUGUGAAGUAAUUUGCAGAAAUGGUAGUUUGUUGGAUAUCGUGGUUAAACCGUACAAACACGCUACAGUAAAAAUACAGGUUAGAAAACGCCUGCAGUCUUAUCAUACUGUUAGGUUUUUAAUUUUUGCUGCUAUUAAAAGAAUGAGGGUAAAGCCAAGCAGUUCUUUAUAUUUGGCUGUACAUGUGUAAGGAUAAAGUAAACUAGAUUUACAGGAAUUAGAGUUCAGCUUUGUACUCAGACCUUCCUGAUGAAAGGACAAGGUAACUGAGAAGAAUUAAGUAUUGGACUGAUUUAUUAAAGCAUUUUCUUCCUAGAAAGAAAAUAUUCACAUGGUAAAUUUAUAAACUACAUAGAAACCCUUAUUUUCUUAAAGUUUUAAGUAUUUUUGCCAGGUAUUUGCAGACACACAGGCACUAGAUAGAUUUUUUUUGUUCUUUGUGUUGUGAAAGGCAUUUGCUGUAAUGGAUAUUUAUUCAAAUGAAACGUCUCAUCCUGUAUAGUGCUUCGUUACGUCGAAUCUGUUUUCCAUGAAUAUCAAAAACACGUUCCUCUAUGACAUUAUCAGGACCACACAUCAAAAAUCAUCCUGGCUUUUGUCUUUAAGUGAAUCUAAAAAACGACUUUGCUUUUAUUUUUUAUGCUUUUUGUUUAAGUGACCUUUGUACAACAUUUCAACAUGAGGCAUGCAUUCAGCAGCACCAAAUACUUUUUGUAGCUUUGAUAAUUGGCAAAUAAAUCAAACUGAAACAUU